AUGAGGUUUCUUCGGCUUUUCCAGGCAACAUAUGCCCAGGUAGUGGUUGUCACCAUGACAACUACGGUGUUUCAAACCGUUUAUGGGGCGCCUUCUGUUGUGGUUGACCAAGAGCCAGCGUCUCUUCCAGCUGACUGGACUCUGGUGUUUCCAGAUACCAUGUUGAACAGUUCCACUACAAGAACAGGCGACAACAUAACUUAUUCAUUUAGGAGUCCAAAUUCAGUGACGAAGCCAUUUCUCGGCGAAACUUCCAGAGCUUUUGAUGUGGAUCCAACUGUCACUUCGUCUUCUAUCACUUCUUCUAGUGUCACUUCAGCUAGUGGUACUACCAGUACAAGUCCACCGCUCUUCUUUGGACCUACUCUGUUACUCACAGAUAGGGAGCACGAGCGGUAUGCUCCUCAUGAUAGAGGAGGAAUGAAGCUGAGGGAAGAGGCUGAAACAGUGACGGUGGAGUAUCCUACGUUUGGACACACUGUGAACCAGGGAAUCACAGUUACUUCCAUGUUCACCACUGAAGAGGCAACCAAAACGGCUGUACCUAUAGUUGAGGCUCCAAAGGAGAAGGAAAAGGAGGAGGAAAAGGAAGAAGGAAGGUUUACGAAAGAGCGAAAGAAGAUCCAGAAGGUUCUUGAUGCGUUAUUUGGAAGUGGAGAUGAGGAUGAUACUGGAACAGGGAAGGAAGAAACCGAGAAGAAGUCGCUGGGAUCUGGCACUGGAGAGACCAGGACGUCAUCCCAGAGCUCUCUUGCCCACUACUCCACCACUUAUCUCAAUAUACCUGGUGAUGAUUCGCAGCCAUGGACCAAGGUCCCAUAUGGCACCGGGAAGAUCUAUGGGCCAGACGAGACGCCUACGGUGUAUGUCACGUCGAUUACCACGAUAUCGUUGCCACCCAAGACGUCAAUUGACGAGGAUAUGGGAACGUCAGCCACAGCCACUGGUACCAAGGCACCACCAACAACGACCAGUACCACCAAGCCAGCCCAUUCCAGCGACUUCAACGUCAAAAACGAGGUCAAUGACGCUGUAAAUGGGGAAGCCAAGCCUGAAGACUCAACCAGAGAACCAAUUGCCUCUAGGGAUGCCUCGCCAACAGCCUACAUUCCCUCCCACGGCACCUUCACCACCAAGAGAACCAUCCGCAUCACCACGCAUCAGAGCAUCAUGAAAGAUGUGCCGCCGGUGGAAAACUAUCCGAUGAGAGAGUGGUCGAUUGAGAUCACCAUGUUGAACGAGCAGGGCGAAGAAAUGAAGGCCAAUAUACUAGAUAAGGUUACUUACACGUUGCAUCCGACGUUUGCCAACCCGAUCAGGACUCUCAAGACGGCUCCGUUCCGUGUGGCUGAACAAGGUUGGGGUGAGUUUGAUGUGCCUAUUGCAGUGCACUUGGUGGGACUUCCUGAAACGUACACGGUGGACCACCAGAUAUCCAUUCCUUUAAAACUGGCUCAGUUGAACAAGCUUUUGGCUGAGCUGGGCCCGGUGCCUGCUGAGGACGCCAAGCGUAAGUACGAGAACGACUUGUCGUCGAAACUGAAGAAGUUAAAAGGUGCCAAUGGCGCUCCUACCAAGGGCUCGGUGGACUUGGAGAAGCUCGCCAACGGUCUUGCUAAGUUGAGCGAGGACGACUUGAUCGUGAUAGUGCAGAUGGUCACCGACAACAGAACCAACGAGAUGCACAUCAAAAACGACGUGGACAAUGGCGAGUUCACCAUGGAUUUGUACACUUUGCCUGAGUCCUUGUUGAAGAGCUUGUGGGAUUACGUGAAGAAGCAUACGGGGGAAGCCUAA